AUGUGCCGUUGGACCAGGUUUCGAAAGUCGGCUAACGGCCAGUCGAUUGAAGCCGCCAAGAAGGCCGAGGUAGAUGACCUCGACGACUUGGCUGCUCAGCUUGAGAGCGUUACUGUGAACGAUCCAAAGCCAGUGGAGCCGGCAGGAGUCUCCAAGAAGAUAGUCUCCGAAGACAAAUCCGAGGCAGACGAAGACAAGAGUCUUGCUGCUAAGCAGGAGGAGGAUCAUGUCGAAGUCGAUGAGAACGAGGAUGAGGAGGACGAAGAAGACGACGAAGACGAUGAGGAGGACGACGAGGAGGAUGAUGACGGGAGUGACGAUGUUGCCAGGCCAUCAGGACCAGAGACUUACCAAAUGCACCCCUUAUACGAAUCCUGUCGCCCGGCGCGGGUGAUUCUUUGCGUGGGAGUGAUUUUCCCGCUUCCACCUUCGUCUGCUCCGCUGUUGGAACUCUCUCGGAUGUUACAGGCGGCGCUUCCAUCGACGGAAGAUAUUGCCCAAUUGAAUUCGUCGGUGCGUAUAAAACUCAUAUACUGGUGCCUUGUUCUCGGCGGUAUCGGCGCAGGUGGAUCGCCAGAGAGGCUGUGGUAUGUGGAGGAGCUUCGACGUUUUGCUGAAAAGUAUGGUCUGUAUGCGUGGAAUGGGAUGUAA